UGGCCCACGCUGCCUGGUCACACUACAGCGAAAAGGAAAACAAAAGUCGCAGAAUAAAAAUCAGCAUUGAAUUUGUACACAAUUCCUUUGCAUAAUUACAUCCCACCCAGCCGAAUAUCUGAUGCACACAGACUGGCGAUGAAGCCCCAGACAAAGCGGAAGUCCUUCCCCUUCAAUGCCCCGCCGCCGGGCGGAAUAAUGGAGUUCGGAUUCGGGAGCUGCAGCGGGUUUGGGAAUCCGACGGAGAACGACCUGGUCAAGUGGCAGCAUAAGCGGAAAUCGGAGCUGCAGGCGACGGCAGUGCUACCGCCCAAGAUGCUUAUAACCGGAAGAAUCACCCAGCACUUCAGCGGACUGUCGCUGGACCCCAAGAUCAAUGUGUCCGCGUCAGCCGUCGUUAGCAACAACAACAGCGUGGCCAGCGUCACGGGCGGACUGGCCACGGAUGAUAUACCGUCCACCAGCACCGGGAAGACGCACCACCCCAAUCCCGCCUACCAAAUGGCGGCCAUGGAAUUGGAGCAGAAGCUGCGCAACGCCAAUCGCAUUGUGAUCUGCGAGGGCCUCAAGCCGGGAUCGGGACCCGGAUCUGCACCACCUGUAAUACCACCGGAGUGGCUGAUAAAAACCAUACCGCGUCCCUGCACCGCCUUGGUGCCCUGGCAGCCGUCGCCCCUACAGAUCCCAAUGCCGAGUGCCAAGAUGGGGGCACCGCAAAUUGUGGCCCCCAUGGCCGGAGCACCGGCUGUCCAGGAGCUGGACGACUACGAUGACGAUCUGGAGUUCUUUGAGAACAACAACACGUGCAGUGUGAACCUAAACAAGUCUGAGCAAGAGCAUAUGGACGAGGACCUGUAGCAAAAGCCAUAUCCAUAUAUUAUCCUAAAGCAUAAGCAUAAAAGUGUAGAUUUGUAUGUCCGUAUCCGUAAGAACACAGUUGAUAGCAUGCAAGAAUACUCCCCUCCUUAUUUUGUAUUACUAUUGAAAAUAGAUAGAUGUAUGUGAUUUAAUCCCAA